UCACAGCGCCUACGCUCGGUCCCGCCGCGCGUGCAGGAAGGAACCAGUGACAGAGAAGGGGGGUGUUACGAGCUCAGUCCCCAGGCUGACUCUCCCCGGCCGCCCGGCUUUCUCCCCCUCCAGAAACAUCUCAUUCAUAUAGACCCUUCCCCCCCCCUCCUCAUUUGCCGCCGUGUGACCGCUCCACCGGCCUUCGUGUCCCCCGUGGGGGUUGGGGGGAAGGGGAAUGACGAGACCGUCUGUUCGAGGCCGAAAGACGCUGCAGCUCGUCACCACCGCCUGAGAGGCGGCCGCCUCUCCUCCGCAGUCUCCACUGCUUCUCCUUCGUCUUCUCCUUCUCCUCAGAAUUGAAUAAAAUUUGAAAGACAAUGGGGGCAUUUUUGGAUAAGCCAAAGAUGGAAAAACAUAAUGCCGAAGGGCACGGAAAUGGAUUGCGUUAUGGGCUAAGUAGCAUGCAAGGAUGGAGGGUUGAAAUGGAAGAUGCACAUACAGCUGUGAUUGGUUUGCCAAAUGGACUCGAUGGAUGGUCUUUCUUUGCUGUAUAUGAUGGUCACGCUGGUUCCCAGGUUGCCAAAUACUGCUGUGAGCAUUUGCUUGAUCACAUUACAAGCAACCAAGACUUCAAGGGGACUGAUGGACAGCUGUCUGUGGAAAGUGUAAAAAGUGGAAUCAGAACAGGUUUUCUUCAAAUUGAUGAACACAUGAGAGUUAUCUCUGAGAAGAAACACGGUGCUGAUAGAAGUGGCUCAACAGCUGUAGGUGUUAUGAUCUCGCCUAAUCACAUUUAUUUUAUCAACUGUGGAGACUCCAGAGGCUUACUUUGUAGAAGCAAGAAAGUUCAUUUCUUCACACAGGAUCACAAACCAAGUAAUCCCCUUGAAAAGGAGCGUAUACAGAAUGCUGGUGGCUCUGUAAUGAUUCAACGUGUAAAUGGGUCUCUUGCCGUUUCAAGGGCUCUAGGUGACUUUGACUACAAAUGUGUCCAUGGAAAAGGCCCUACAGAGCAGCUUGUUUCACCAGAGCCCGAAGUUUAUGAAAUUGAGCGAUCAGAAGAAGAUGACCAGUUCAUAAUUCUUGCUUGCGAUGGCAUAUGGGAUGUCAUGGGAAAUGAAGAGUUAUGCGAUUUUGUAAGAUCCAGACUUGAAGUUACUGAUGACCUUGAAAAAGUAUGCAAUGAAAUAGUUGACACCUGCUUGUACAAGGGAAGCAGAGACAACAUGAGUGUCAUACUGAUCUGUUUUCCAAGUGCUCCAAAGGUAUCUCCUGAGGCAGUGAAAAGAGAAGCAGAAUUGGACAAGUACCUGGAAAGCAGAGUAGAAGAGAUCAUAAAGAAGCAGGGUGAAGAAGGUGUACCAGACUUAGUCCAUGUGAUGCGUACAUUAGCCACUGAGAACAUCCCUAACCUCCCACCUGGAGGUGAAUUGGCAAGCAAGCAGAGUGUAAUUGAAGCAGUGUACAACAAACUGAACCCAUAUAGAAAUGACGACACUGAUUCUGUGUCAACUGAUGACAUGUGGUAAAUGUAUCCGUUUAGCAAUGGAGUUUACAUCCAUCCUCAAUGAACAUACAGCCCAACCUCAGUGAUCCUUCUUAGCGUCCAUCCUCAACUUUUUUUUUUUUCUUCAUUUAAAGAAGGGAAUAUAUGGGUGAGCGAGCUUGAUGAAAAAUAAAACUCCCAUCAGUACAAAUGCCCCCGAAUAUUGUACUGUUUUCCUGACACCCUUUCUCUACAUACAUUUAUUUUUUUUUUUUGUAAAAUCGAAUUUUGUUGUACUUUCAGACAAUACAUGUUGUAAAUCAGACUCCAGCAAAUUCUGUUGUAUGAUUUUUUUUUUUUCCUUUUUGUAAAGUGCAAUUGUCCUUGUACAAAAUUGUCAUAUUUAAUUAUGGACUGCAAAUUUCUCUAAAGGUUACAGGAGGUCUAGCUUGUUAUGUGAUGCAACCAGUUAUCUAACCCUAUCCGGUAAUGUGAUGGUUUUAGAUUGGGCAAAAAGCAGCAACAUAACCAGCUGGGGGUUCCUAUUACAUUGUUUAUAGACUUGUAACUUUAGUGUACAGUAUUUUUCAGGGUGAAGAGCCUUCAAUUCUGACAGCUUUGAUUUUUGGCUUGGACAUAUUUGAUUACAGAAUGUUCCUUUUUGAUAUUAAAAUGUGACUGAAUGCAGUCUUUAUGAACAAAUGUACCCACAAUUUAAACAUUCAGAUCCAUUAACAGGUAAUCAGUUGUGUGUGUCGUUCGUGUGUUUUUGUUUUUUUCUUUAGUUUUUUCCCCUUUUUAUAAUAACUACACUAGCUGGGUCUGUUGCUGCUACAGAGAGUUUUGAAUUCCAUUUUAUCAAUAAAGCUUGAUUUGACAAACACAAUCAUUAAAGAGUAAUUUCUCGUCUGCCUUUUUGAAGAUUGUGACAAGUGAAAAAAUUGAUUUACUAAUACAUAUUGAAAGUGAAAUAUAUUGGUGGACAGCAUGCCACCCCACCUCCCGUUUCCUUUCAUUACAAUAAUUACAUUUUUCAACUUGACUGUAUGUUAAAAGGUAUUUCACGCAACAAUAUGUGUCAUCCUGAAAUUUGCCUGUGGUAAAAUGAAGUCCUGAUUGAAUUCUUCAUUUACCCCAGUUCAUGAUGGUGAAAGGUAGUGACUAAACAGUAUUUGUGAAUUGAAGUAUGCAGCAUGUCAAUGUUUAAUGACUAGUUUUGUACUACCCAAUAUGACUGUGACAGUACCUUUUGUAAGCCAAGCAAACUUUGUCCGUAUAAUAGACAAAGCUGCAGACUUGUGCACCUUUUUGUCCUUUAUUGUAGUUUAAAUCAUUUUCUUUCCUUUUUUAAUUUUUAGCCUUCGAAAUUGUUGAUCUCAAACUUCUUCCAUUACAGUGCAGACAAAGGAAAACAUUUGCAAGAUUGUGUGAGUUCUGCAGAACCCAUGUAGAUGAAAAGUAGGAAUUUAUUAAAGUAAUAGCGGAAAAUUACUUAAGCUGGCCAUACACAUUUAGAUACAUUUUGGUCAAACCUACUGAUUUUGGCAGGAUUGGCUGACCAUUUAAUAUAUAUGGACUCCUUCCAACUCUCCUCCAAUAGCAUAUGGGGGGGUCGGUCAGUCAUGUCCUUGCAACGUAUGGACAUUGUAGAAAUAGCUAUGUAAUGAUGGGAAGCUGUUUUGCCACUCAACCACCAUUUUAGUUUUGCAGGUGCAACAUGUUCAUAUUGGCCACAGAUGAAGGCAACAGACAAUGGGAUUUCCCUACAGAGUUGUCUGUUGUGGCUUUAAAUGCUCCUCUAUUUUAUUUGGUUUUGUUUUCUGUAACAAUGUUUCUGGAUCCACAUCCUUAAUCACUGAGGUGCUGAAAUUUUCUGUUUUACCAUUUUGUUUCCUUUGCAAGCAUGAAUGAAGAACAUAGACACUUGUGUUUUUUGUUUUAUUUUCUUUUUUUGCUCACCAAACAGUUCUUUUAUUUAACUUCAAAUAAAGACUGCAAAAUGUUCCAUUGUUGUACAGUGAAAAAUGUUGUUGUAAUCAUGUUUUAAGUUUAGUGAUUUAUGUGCAUGUGAUCAGGAGGAUAACGUAUAACUGAAUAAUGUCUGAGUUCACUAGUAAAUUAUUUUUUCCUAGA